UGUCAACAACGGCCUGUAAACAAAAUUUGAGGUUAUAUUAUCGAACAAUUUAUUGAUACAUAGUUUAAAAUUAUUUAAAUUAAUUAUCAUGUCAUUGUUAAUAAGAAAAGCAGGACAACAACAUUUUGGGCGUGUACUUAAUAGACAAAAUGAUGCCCAAAUAUUUGUUUUAUCAAACAGGAAACUUAAUAUUGUUCCAUCGUUAUAUGAUGGAGAACAAGACCCAGCACCAAAAUUCUUCUCCCAUAAUAUUCAAGAAAUACUCAGGAGGUUGACUCGUCCUAAUUUUGAUAAAGUGUUCCGGAAGAGAAGUACCCGUGAGUUUCCAGUACUUCGAGAUCCUAAAUACAAAUUCUUGACUGAUGAAGAGCUUAAAACUCAAAUUGAGAAUACAAAUAAGAAAGCAAGAAAGCUGUUGCAAAUGCCUCCUGUAGUUAAGGUUCUACAACCAAUCAAUGAUGUGCUAUCCCAUGACCCAGCAUUGAUCGGUUAUGACACUUCAAAAUAUUUGUUCACUGAUAUUUCUUUCGGUGUGGCCAAUGAAAAACGUAUAAUCGUAGAACGAGAUCCUGAUGGUACACUUCGCAGCUGCGACCACGAUACAAGAAAGAAGUUGAAUCAAGUAUAUUUCCCUUUGAACGGACGCAAAUUGAAGGAACCGUUGAUGUUCACUGAUGAGGAGAAACUAAACAGUCUACUGGAGAAAGAACAAUAUGAAUUUGUCCUGGACAGAGCUUGUGUGCAAUAUGAACCCAAUGAACAUUCAUACCAAAGAAUAACCAGUAUAACGUACCAGCAUGUUGACAUGAGAACCAAUUAUGACUUGCUAAGAUCCACAAGACACUUCGGGCCUCUAACAUUCUACCUGACCUGGCACCAGAGCAUGGACAAUCUGAUGCUGGAAUUGCUUCAGUCGGGCGUCGUGCGCGAAGCCGUGUUGUUGACGGCGCUUCGUCAGGAAAUACACGGGGACGUCGCCCACGGAGAUAUUGCGAGAACGCUGACCCAACAAAUCCUCCCAACUCCAGUGCAACUUGGGAAGCAGGAGCGUCUCACCGAAGAAGAUAUAACCCUGGACACGAAAUGUGUGGAGUGCAUAGACAAGUACAUCGUGAGCAAUUCCUCCAUGAAGAGUCAGCAAGAGCUGGCUUUACAAGGCUUUAGGGAAUAUUACCAGCAGCUGGUAGACUUGAACCGCGGCGUGAAGAAAGCCCAUGGGAAUCUUUGAAGAGUGUUAGUUAAUUAGACUAGUGAUUGUAAUAAAUGUUUGAAUAAGUUAU